GCAGAACCGCCACAUUCAUUCCACAAGCUCAGCUGGCUUUCCGUGAAGACCCGAGACAAAGCUCGGAGCUCUUGAUUUGAGACCGUUGGACCUACACAGAUGUGCAAAUCAUGUCCUUUGCCAGAUGUUUUUUUCUAUACCUCCUAGUGGUGGUGGUGGUGGCCUGUGCUGCAGAGCAGGAAAUUUCUGGAAAGAAUCCUAGCUGUGUUUGUGGACACCCGGGAAUACCGGGCAACCCGGGACACAAUGGAAUACCAGGGCGUGAUGGCCGGGAUGGAGCCAAAGGAGAUAGAGGAGAUCCAGGUGAACUUGGGACAUGUGGAGCAGCAGGGAAGGACGGACCAAAAGGAGAUAAAGGAGAACCUGGUGCACCAGGUAUCGAUGGGCUGAAAGGGCGACGUGGUGAGACUGGGGAAAGGGGUCCUCCUGGAAAAAUGGGGCCUCAAGGCUUCUCAGGACCGCUUGGUCUUAAAGGGGUAAAGGGAGAGAUGGGAAUGCCAGGACCUAAGGGUAUCAAAGGUGAUGUAGGUCCAGUGGGACCUCUAGGGCCUCAGGGAAUCAUAGGGCUCCAGGGAGAGAAAGGCUCUCCGGGACCUAUCGGACCUCCGGGAAGACAAGGCCCUAAGGGUGAACUCGGACCUCCUGGCCACAAGGGUAGUCUUGGUUACCGUGGUGAAAAGGGGUUAAAAGGUGAGACUGGAGAAAAAGGUCCUAAAGGAGACAUGCCUGAAAUACCCAAAAGUGCCUUUUCUGUUGGCUUGACCUCACAAAGCAAGCUGCCUGCCAGUAACGCUCCUAUCCGAUUUGACAAAGUCAUCUACAACCAUCAGAAUCACUACAACACCGAGAGUGGACGCUUCACCUGCGCCGUCACCGGAGCUUAUUAUUUCACCUACCACAUCACAGUGUUCUCUAGGAACGUCCGAGUGGCCCUAAUGAAGAACGGCCAAAGCGUCAUCCACACCAUGGACAACUACCAGAACAGUGAGGAUCAGGCGGCCGGGGGCACUGUGCUGCAUCUGGAGGUCGGGGACAAGGUGUGGCUUCAGGUGGCUGGAGGUCAGCUCUUUAAUGGACUCUAUGCAGAUGACGAUGAUGACACAACCUUUUCUGGGUUUCUUCUCUUCGCUGAUUGAAACCAAGAGGAGAUUUCUGGGGAAACAUGUCUAGAUUUAUUCACUGAAAAGAAAUCUGACUUAAUUAAUAAUUUUCCUUUCUUUAUUGAUCCUGAUGUUAACUGUUCCUGAGUCAAGUUUUUAAUCUUAUAUGCAGAAAACUUCUUCUUCUUCUUCUUCUUCUUCUUCUUCUUCUUCUUCUUCUUUUUAUCAUUAUUAUUAUUAUUAUUAUUAUUAUUAUUAUUAUUUUAUUAUUAUUUUAUUAUCACAACACCAUAAACAUAUUCUACAUAAUAAACAUAAUGAUUGUA